GUUAUGACAACCAUAGAAACCAAAGUUGAAUGAUCAUGAGGCUAGCACCACUGGCUCUACUGAAACUCCCAUAUCUUGCUCUUCUUUUCUUUAUUUUUAAUGGGUUAUUGAACUUGCUUAUUCUUCUUUGUUAUGUGGGGUUUUGGGGACCAGCCAUCAGGUGAAUAUUUCUAUUACACUGAUGAAGAGGAUCCUGCCUAAAAGGUACAAAAAGGAAUGCGGGGCAACAUGGCAAUGCUUGGACAAAUGUGGAUGUGUUGCUGAUCGAUUGCCCUGUGGUUUCUUUGGAGACACCAGAAUGAGAAUCUAGAUUGUUAUAUAGUUGUUGAAGGAAGAAUGUCCAAAGCACAACUUCCUUGCUAGAGGGGCUUCUUGUUGCUUUACAGUUUUUGACAGGUUCUUUGCUAAUCAAUUUCCACGUGAUUACAAGGAAAAGGUGCAUACUCUUCAACGGGAAGGGUCUGCUGAUAAUGAACAGAUCUUUCAGAAGCUACAUGGUACAGAGCAUCCUGGGCCGAGCAAAGUGCCUUCGCCGCCACUGCGCCACUCCAUCCUGCCAAGCUGCUCGGCUUUCCCUGGCCAAGCAUCAUGAUCAAUCCGGACUGAUUCACCAACUAAGUGAUGGCAAUGACAGCAGCAACAGCUUGGAGAAGGAGAGCCUGGUUAGAGAUGCGAGCGGCGACGUUGUAUUGCUACCGAAGCAAAUUUGGUAUGCAGUGAAAGAGAAUUUGUGCGAAAUUGGAUGGCUGUUUGAUGAUGGAAGUUCGAUUGGCACAGGAAACUGCAGUUUUGGAGGGUGAUCAAACACCCAACUCGCCUUAACACAGUAGUGUCCGUCCUGCUUUUACCUUUCUCACUUGCUGGAACGUUAUAUUUGUUCAAGUUUGAGCUUAUUCUUUUGAUAGAGCUGUUGGUUGUACUCUGGAAGUAAUAUGU